AUGACCAUUUCCGUCCGUCGCCUGAAAAAACCAACCACAGAAGCCGAUCUUGAACGUUACUUUUCCAAAUUUGGCGAUGUCGCAAACGUCAAAAUAGUUCCCGAUGGAAACAUGGGAUGCUGCGGUCAUCAAGGUUUAGUCAAGUUCGCAGACAAGACAGCCUUUAAGGGUGGACUUUUAGAGAUCUGUCACUUCCUCAACGGUUCUCGAGUGGAAGUCACACCGGCGGACAUAUGGAUUACUAAACGAUUCGGCUUACUUUCGACCUCCAACUAA